AUGGGAGUUGAGCAAAGUUUGAUCAUACUAGCUUUGUGGUCAUUGCUAGCUUUCAUUGUUAGAACUCAUGCAAACCUUUUAGAUAUAAGGAAAUAUGGCGCAACACCUAAAGGAGACAUAACCAUGGCUUUGCAAAAUGCUUGGAGGGAUGCAUGUGUAUCAACAACUCCAACCAAAAUUGUGGUUCCUAGUGGCAAAUACAUGUUGAGACAAAUAGACUUCAUGGGACCUUGCAAUGUUCCUAUUGAGAUUCAAGUUAAUGGGAUUCUUAUAGCUCCAAAAAACCCAUUCCACCUUAAUGGAAGAGAUCAAUGGGUUAGAUUUGGAUAUCUUAACUUCUUAACCUUGUCUGGUCAAGGAACUUUCCAUGGUAGAGGCAAAAUGGCUUGGAAUCAAAACAAUUGUCAAACAACAUUGAAUUGCAAGAAGCUUCCUAUGAAUUUGGGCUUUGUCAGUGCACCUGCAUAUAGUCCUAACACUGAUGGAAUUCACAUUGGAAAAUCAAGUGAAGUGCAAAUUACUAACUCAAAAAUUAGCACUGGUGAUGAUUGCAUAUCUUUGGGUGAUGGAAGCAAAGGAGUGAGGAUAGUUAAUGUAACAUGUGGACCAGGACAUGGUAUCAGUGUUGGAAGCCUAGGAAGAUACACAAAUGAAGAGCCUGUAGAGGAUCUGAGGGUUAGAAAUUGCACUCUAAAAAACACAAACAAUGGGGUAAGGAUCAAGACUUGGCCUGGUACCCCAAUAAUUUCUCGUGCCUCUGACUUACAUUUUGAAGAUAUCAUAAUGAUUAAUGUCAGCAACCCAGUAAUCAUAGAUCAAGAAUACUGCCCCUGGAAUCAAUGCUCAAAACAGAUAAGCAAAGUGAGCUUCAAUGACAUUAGAGGAACUAGUGCAACCGAGGAAGGUGUGGUUCUUGUUUGUAGCAGUGGUGUUCCAUGUGAUACUGUAGAGCUGAGUGACAUAGAUCUGAGAUUCAAUGGAACAACUCUGACCACUGCUAAAUGUGACAAUGUCAAGCCCAUAUUUGGAAGGAAAGCACCAACUUGUAUUGAUGAGGAUAAAGAGAAGUUGUUUAAUGAGAUGAACUGCUACCAACUCCUCCAAUCUUUGGUUUUGAGGAAAAGAAAGCGGAGAAAGUUUAAGGUGUUCAUGGCCAUGAUGUGGUUUAGAAUCAUACUUCUAAUAUCGGCUUGUAUGCUUCCUCUUUCAGUGGAAGCCAUGGUUCGCCACUACAAGUUCAACGUGGUGGUGAAGAAUGUCACAAGAUUGUGUUCAACCAAGCCCAUAGUAACAGUAAAUGGAAAGUUCCCAGGCCCCACCAUCUAUGCUAGGGAAGAUGACACUGUUUUGGUAAAGGUGGUUAACCAUGUCAAAUACAAUGUUAGCAUCCACUGGCAUGGGGUGAGACAAUUGAGGACUGGCUGGGCCGAUGGGCCUGCAUACAUAACUCAGUGCCCGAUUCAACCGGGCCAGGUGUAUGUGUACAACUUCACCCUCACAGGGCAGAGAGGGACACUUUGGUGGCAUGCACAUAUCCUCUGGCUUAGGUCAACUUUGCAUGGUGCAUUGGUCAUUUUGCCCAAGCUUGGAGUUCCUUACCCUUUUCCCAAGCCCAACGCAGAGAAAGUUAUCCUAUUGAGUGAAUGGUGGAAAUCAGAUACUGAGGCCAUAAUAAAUGAAGCCUUGAGAUCUGGGUUGGCCCCAAAUGUCUCUGAUGCCCACACCAUCAAUGGCCAUCCAGGACCAGUUCAACAGUGUGUCUCUCAAGGAGGGUACAAUCUUCAAGUUCAACCUGGAAACACCUACUUGCUAAGAAUAAUCAACGCUGCACUGAAUGAAGAGUUGUUCUUUAAAAUUGCAGGUCAUCAACUCACUGUUGUUGAGGUUGAUGCUGUGUAUACAAAACCUUUGAAAACUAACACCAUAGUUAUAGCGCCUGGCCAAACCACAAAUGUUCUUCUAAAAGCCAACCGUGCCACUGGCAAAUACUUAGUAGCAGCCACUCCCUUCAUGGACUCUCCUAUUGCAGUGGACAAUGUGACUGCCACUGCCACAUUACACUAUUCAGGCUCACUUGGUUCCACCAUCACAACCCUCACUUCAUUACCUCCCAAAAAUGCCACCCCUGUUGCUACCAAAUUCACUGACUCACUCAGAAGCCUAAACUCCAAAAAGUACCCUGCUAGAGUCCCUAUAAAGGUUGACCAUUCCUUGCUCUUCACUGUCAGCCUUGGAGUCAACCCAUGUCCCACUUGUCUCAAUGGAAGCAAGGUGGUUGCAGCCAUCAACAAUGUGACCUUUGUGAUGCCUAAAGUCUCUCUCCUCCAAGCACAUUUCUUCAACAUAAGUGGAGUUUUCACUGAUGAUUUUCCUGGAAAGCCUCCAGUGGUUUAUGACUUCACAGGGACACAACAACCAGCAAAUUUGAGGACCAAUAGAGGGACAAGGGUCUAUAGGCUUGCCUACAACUCCACUGUGCAAUUAGUCUUGCAAGAUACUGGAAUGAUUACACCUGAGAACCAUCCUAUUCAUCUCCAUGGCUUCAACUUCUUUGUGGUUGGUAGGGGACAAGGGAAUUUCAACUCCAAAAAGGACACCAAAAAGUUUAUCCUUGUGGAUCCUGUGGAGAGAAACACAGUUGGUGUUCCAUCUGGGGGGUGGACUGCUAUUAGAUUCAGGGCUGACAAUCCAGGUGUUUGGUUUAUGCAUUGCCAUUUGGAAAUUCAUACAACAUGGGGAUUAAAGAUGGCAUUUGUGGUGGACAAUGGUAAAGGACCAAAUGAGUCUAUACUACCACCUCCAAGUGAUCUUCCCAAAUGUUGA